UUCUCCUCGCUUGCUGCGUUGCUCACAGUUGUUGGCGGUCGCGGGAGCAAUAGGAGCGUUGGCCGCUGAGGGAGUACUGAGGGAAGGCGCGUGUCUCGGCUUUGUUGUUAUUGUUGCCGCCUUCCUCACGGAGGUGAAGAGGGUGGCAGGUGGGACUCCCACCUGCCUGCCGCUAUGGCCGGCUCCGGGCAGGACAGCGACAUCGGAGAGGGGCCGCUGCCUAUCGAAGACUCGGAGUUGGCGCUGGCUGGCAUCAACAUGCUACUCAACAACGGCUUCCGGGAGUCGGACCAGCUUUUCAGGAAAUACAGAAACCAUAGUCCAUUAAUGAGUUUUGGAGCCAGUUUUGUCAGUUUUUUGAAUGCCAUGAUGACUUUUGAAGAAGAAAAAAUGCAGUUGGCGUGUGAUGACUUAAAGGCGACUGAAAAAUUGUGUGAGAGUGAAGAAGCAGGAGUUAUAGAAACUAUCAAAAAUAAAAUUAAAAAGAAUGUUGAUGGCCGAAAAGCUGCCCCAUCCAUGAUUGAUCGUCUGCAGAGACAGAUAAUUGUAGCUGACUGUCAAGUUUACCUUGCUGUGCUUUCUUUUGUAAAACAAGAAUUAUCAGCUUAUAUAAAAGGUGGGUGGAUCCUUAGAAAAGCUUGGAAAAUCUACAAUAAGUGCUAUACAGACAUAAAUACACUUCAGGAAUUGUAUCAGAAGAAGAUAACUCAGGAAUCUUUUACUUCUGAUGCUGCAAAUGAUAAUCAUGUUGCUGCAGAAGGUGUAACGGAGGAUUCACUAAACAGACUGAAAGGUGCUGUUAGCUUUGGAUAUGGACUUUUUCAUCUUUGCAUAUCCAUGGUGCCCCCAAACCUGCUCAAAAUCAUCAACCUGCUGGGUUUUCCUGGAGACCGCCUGCAGGGGCUUUCUUCACUGAUGUAUGCAAGUGAAAGUAAGGACAUGAAGGCCCCUUUAGCUACAUUAGCCUUGCUGUGGUACCACACUGUGGUUCGUCCUUUUUUUGCUUUGGAUGGCAGUGAUACCAAAGCAGGAUUGCAAGAAGCCAAGGACAUUCUUCAGAAAAAAGAAGCUGCUUAUCCAAAUUCCUCUCUUUUUAUGUUCUUUAAGGGAAGGAUACAACGCUUAGAGUGUCAAAUCAACAGUGCCUUGACCUCCUUUCACACUGCUUUAGAAUUUGCAACUGAUCAGAGGGAGAUUCAACAUGUCUGCCUAUAUGAAAUUGGAUGGUGUAGUAUGAUAGAAAUGAAUUUCAAGGAUGCAUUUGAAUCCUUUGAGCGUCUUAAAAAUGAAUCAAGAUGGUCUCAGUGCUACUAUGCCUAUUUAACAGCAGUGUGUCAAGGAGCUACUGGUGAUGUGAAUGGUGCACAGAAUGUAUUCAAGGAAGUCCAGAAGCUUUUUAAAAGAAAAAACAAUCAAAUAGAGCAGUUUUCAGUCAAAAAGGCAGAUCGAUUUAGGAAGCAAAAACCAACCAAAGAGCUCUGUGUCCUGGCAUCCAUCGAAGUAUUGUAUUUAUGGAAAGCACUUCCAAACUGUUCCUUCACCAACCUACAGCACAUGAGUCAAGCUUGUCAAGAAGUUGAUGAUUCUGCUGUUGUUGGUUUGAAGAACUUGCUACUUGGUGCCAUACAUAAAUGUUUAGGAAACUCUGAAGAUGCUGUUCAGUUCUUUCAGCGAGCCCUUAAAGAUGAAUUGUGCCGUCAACACAAUUUAUAUAUUCAGCCGUAUGCUUGCUAUGAACUUGGCUGUCUAUUAUUAGAAAACCCACAGACUGUGCCAAAAGGCAAGUCCUUAUUGCUUCAGGCCAAGGAGGAAUUCACAGGGUAUGACUUUGAGAACAGAUUGCACGUCCGCAUACAUGCAGCAUUAGCCUCUCUGAGGGAAGUGGUUCCUCAGUGAUGGAUAAGAAGCCCCAGUUCAUCUAUUCUCACAGUUUCUGCACUCUAAGACAACUCAGAGGACAAAGCUGUUGGGAAGACCCAACUUUUCUUCUGGAAGACCACCUGUGCCAGAGACAUUUUCUACAGCGUGUAGAGUUGGUGAUGGGAAAAUGUUGCAGUCUUAACAAUCAAGGACAAAAUUAGGUAGAAAGGUCAACUGACCUUAGACUCGAUCAAUUAGGAAUUUCUUCUGAGUAAGUAAGGCCCUGUUAAAUGAAUGGAAACUGAAUGUCAGGCUGCUGCUCAACACCUGUGGUUCCAUGGGACGUGUGCAGGAGACCUGCCUAAAACACUGUCCUUGUGUUCCAACGCUUUGCAGGUUUUUUAAAUUUUUGUUUUAGCCAAGUUGAACAUAUUAGCCUGUGAUUGUACAAAUGAGCCUACAGUAAGCACAUUUUGAUUUCCUGUAACCAAGUUGGCUCAGUUUCUGCAAGUCAGGUCUUCGUUCUGUCUAAAUAGAUGUACAUGGUCUUUUGUAUGGAGAAUCACCCGUUCAUGAAAAAGUACUGUAUAAAGGCAGGAAGUUUGUUCAAAUGCCUGCCCAAGCAGAGCUGGGAAGGAGAGAGUGGCUUGUUGGAUGGAGCACAACAACCCCGUCCCUGUAUAUUUAUUUUCUCAUUCAAAUGUAUGUGAAUGAGUAAACCUAUCCUUGUUUUUAGAUAAAUAGUGAGAAUAUCUAGAAGCUGUUUUAUUUUCCAGACAAGUAUUUAUUUUAAUCCUUUUGUUACUGUGUUUUCGAGCAGUACAGUAGCCUCUUAGCCUUGCUGUUACAAGGUGCUGAAAGGUUCUUUCACUUUUAUUUCUAACGCCAAUGAAUAAAGCAGUAACCUUUUAAAAGUAACAAAAUCCUAUAUUUGUUCCAGAUUGCUGUACUAAAUAUGAGCUUCAGCAUGCCGUGGGGCAUUCAAAGCCAUGUCUUUUCUAUCCCAGUCAGCUUUAGAGCUUUUCUAGUAUCUGGCUUCACUCAUUUUUCUGUCUCUUUAAGCACAUUAUUCCUUAGAAAAUAAUAAAGCUUCACUUUUUCACUCAUUCUCUCCUGAAAUCUAUAGAUUUCAGUUUUGAAUCACUCUAAAAUGUUAUAUUUUGUUUGCACUUAAUACUAAUUUGCUGACUUCAAUUCAUUGGAUAUAGAUCUCAGAAGUUCAUUUGUUGCAAGUAAAAGCUCAACAGGUUUCCGAAGCACACAUGAAACUAUGAAUAAACUAGGGGUUCCCUCUUCAUGUCAGGAUAGGGGAGUGUUUUCACGUAGCAUGGCACAUGAAAACCAUUCCCUGAUGUUGAAAUGAGUAGGCCUAGUCAUCUACAUAUUCUUUGGAAUCACUGAUUGUGCAUUGGUAUCCCUUUACUAUAUAGCUAGUAAAAAGCACUCUGUGGCAGCUAAAUCUUCAUUUUGUUGCAUUCUAAGAAAGAGAUUGACUAUUAGGAGGCAUAGCAUAGCUUUAAUUUAUUGUCCUAGUAUACAUGAUGAAUGCAUUUUCUUUAGACUUGAUUUAGUAACUACGAGUCAUUCAGUAAUUUGUUUGAAGGAUUUAUAUAAAUGGAUGGACUCACUGUUUCCCACUUUCGUUGCAUUUGAUAGAUAUGGGAUGUUCACUCUCAUGUUGGCUUAAGCAUGAAAACAAGGCACAUAGGGUAUUAUGUGUGUUUGAAUUGCCCACAAUUGCAGCAAUUGAAGACCCAUUUCUGGGCUUUCAGAGUUGAAGUGUCUGUCAAGAGAGACUCUUUAAAAAUGUGUAUAUAAACCAGGAGUUGAAAGGGGAUGUGUGGAGAAAACAAUAACAGCAUUAGUACUGGCGUCUCCUAUUGCAUCGUAAUUACAUUGUAUCAUCUCUGAUGGCUCUUGAAGGCAGUAAAAUUGGCAGAGAGGAAUGUAACAGCAGCAUCCAUUCCCUUAUCCCCUCUGUUUGGGUCUCCCUGGGGCACAAAAUUAAAAAUUUCAGUCCCUGUUAGAGGGACCAAAAAGACCAUCUUGUAUUUUCAAAAUGUAUCAAGGAAAAAUGCUCUUUGGACAUUGGUGGAGGGGGGGGGGAUUGUGCUGUAUCUUGAUGUGAAAAAAUAUAUCCCCAAAUUGUGAUGCUGUUGUAGACGAUAAUAUACUUGAAUUAUUUUUAUUCUACAAUUUCUUAUGACUGCAAAUAACUUUACCCUUUUUCUUUCUUUUGACACAAGCUGCUAAGUUAAAACUGGGUCAGCAUCAUUGACUGCACUAGAAUUCUUCCGCUUUUGCCUGCUUCCAUAACUUAUGGAUGACACAAAACUAAAAAUGUGAAUAAGGCUCUUUACAAAAUGAUUGUACUGGGAUGAUGGGGCCAUUGAUGGUUCUUCUUACAACCUCAGAAUAUAAAUGAUUUUUUAGUCAAAUGAUCACAAUCUUAUUCCUGUUAUCAGGGCUGUUUUGAGUAGCAUUAUUUUAUCUGUUUUGCAAGCGAAAGAACCUCUACUUGUGCAUAAACAACCAAACUGCUCAGUGCUAGGACCAUCAGUGUGUUUUCCCCUCUCCUACCUGUAUCAUGCACACCUCUUAGAAGAAACUUCUGUGUUGUCAAAGGUAUUUUUAUAUUAGAUUAUGCCAGUGAUGAGAAAAAUCUCAGCUGUAUUUUAUGUAAUCUGAAUGUUUUUAUACUUUGUAGCUCGGAGGCAUAGUCUAAUAGCAAUAAUGAAGUAAGCAUCUCAUUGGGUGUGUGAGUAUGUGUAUAUAUACCCACACAUAUACAUAUACCUGACUCAAUAAAUUAUAUAUAUUUGUUGUUAGUACCUUUUAUUAUAUUAUGAAUUCAGUUGAAUAAUUUGAAUUUCUCAUGUCAUUUUAGAUUGUUUACAGUGGUAUGCUACUAAUGUAAUUAAUUUACAGAUUCUGUAUUUUUAAAAUUUUUUGCUGAGUAAACAAAAGAAAAACAACCUGAAUUUUUCUUUUGCUAUUUGUUACCAUCCUUCAGUUAACGUUCCGUUAAUCAAGCUGUCACUUUUUCAGGGAUUCCUGGACAUUUAUCUCAGCGGGCUGUCACUUUAUGACCACAUGAGACCAUCACACUCAGGAGAUGCAUGGAAUGGAAUGUCUUCCACUCGUUUCUGUUUUUAUUUUAAUGCCACUGCAGGACCUAACCCUUUCCGUGCAAGCAAUUUGCAUCCUGCCAAUUGUUUUAAUCAGCCCAGGAGAAAAGAAACGUGGCCUAAUAUUUUUCUCUCCAAUAGUUAGGAGAGGAACUGGGUGAGGGAAAGGUGAUUAGAAAACCGGUCCACAGGAAAAGGGUUAAGCUGCCCCAACAUGCGUUUCUGGUCAGAUUUGGAGCUCCCUGCCAGUCUGUUAAAAUAAAAACAAAAGCCAUUGGCAAAUGUUCCGUGUAUCUCCUGAGUCAUACCUGGUUUGGUCUUGACAUGGUAAACUCGUGCCUGGAAUGGGAAUGGCAUCCAUGCGCUUCAGUGGCUGAUUGCCCCACAAAAUACAUUGAUACAGGAGGCUGAUCCUUCCCUGAUCCCUUGUCCAUAUAUGUUGUGGGAAAAUUCAGCUAUUUAAAUGUGCAUGUGGUUCUCGCGUAUAUAUGUAUUUGUGUCAGAAUAAGUGUUCAAGUACAAAAAAGCAUAUGAAUUGGCCCUCAUUUGUGACUCAGAGAAAGAUAUUUCACAUAUAUGUAUACUUCAAAGCCCGUCAUUCCAUUUCUCCCAUGUAAAAGCUGUACUUAUUUUGUUUUACAAAAAUUCUUUAGUUUUCUCCAAAGCAAAGCUUCCUUUGUUUCUGCACAAACUUUAAAUGCACUUUUCUCAUUCUGCCCACCUUUGGUUUUUAA